AUGGCCAUGGAAAUUCAAGUCAUUUCCAAAGAGAACAUCAAACCAUCUUCCCCAACACCACCCCACUUACAAACAUUCGAGCUUUGCCUUAUAGAUCAGAUCGUUAUCCAUCCCAGUUACGCAACCCUCGUCUUAUUCUACCCUAAUCACAACGCCGACACCAUUCUUCAAGCCCAAGCAAAGGCAUCAGCUCUAAAGGAUUCUCUAUCGAAAACCCUAACUCACUUUUACCCACUUGCAGGAAGAAUCAAGGACCAUUGCUCAAUCGAUUGCAACGACGUCGGUGCUUAUUAUGCUUUAGCUUUGGCCCACGGUCGUCUCGACGAGUUUCUGAGCCUUCCUGACUACACCUGGAUGAACAGCUUGCUGCCCUUUCCAUCUGGGUUCGAGCCCGCCGGUGAAGAUGCUCGCAUCACAAACAUUCAAGUGAACAUCUUCAAAUGUGGUGCAAUCGCUAUCGGGUUAUGCAUUUCACACAAGAUCGUUGAUGGGGCAACAGUCUACACGUUUCUAAAAGGAUGGAGUAACAUGGCCUUUGGAGGGAAAGAAGUCGUCCAUCCAAACUUAACCGCACACUCUCUCUUCUCCGCAACAGCCUUGUGGCUUCGAGAACCAUUAACGGCUAUGUGGGAGUCGUGGUUCAAGGAAGGGAAGUGUGCCACAAGAAACUUCGUGUUCGACGCUGGUGCCAUAUCCGCACUAAAAGCCGAAGCAACCAGAAAUGGAGUGCAGAACCCUACACGUGUCGAGGUGGUAUCUGCUUUGUUAUGGAAGUGUGCAAUGGAGGCAUCCAAGAAAGCACAUGGUUUCAAGAAGCCAUCUCGGUUAACCCACGCGGUGAACCUCCGUAGAAAACUCCCAUCAGCCGUGUCGAAAGACUUGGUCGGUAACGUGAUUUGGCUCACAUCUUCAGAGUGGCGAGCUAACCACUGCACCACAUUGCAUGAUUUGGUGAAAAAGGUUCACGAAUGUAUUGCAAAGCUCGGCAUCGAGUUCGUGAACAAAGUGCAAGGUGAUAAAGGGUAUGUUGCCAUAGAGGAGUCGAUCAAAGAUAGGGGUGAAAUUGGGUCGAAAGGGACCAUGGACAACUACCUGAUUUCGAGCUGGUGCAGGAUGGGUUACUACGAAAUCGAUUUUGGUUGGGGAAAACCGAGUUGGGUGCCUGGUUUUAUAGGCCAUGGAAGCUCGGUGUUCGCGAAUAUCGUGAAUCUAAUGGACACAAGAUGUGGUGAAGGAAUUGAAGCAUGGGUGAAUUUGGAUGAAAAAGAGAUGGAGAUUCUGCAACGCGAUCCAGAGCUGCUGGCAUAUACUUCAUUAGAGCAUAAGCAACGGAGUUUCAGAGGUUUCUCUAAGAUGUAG